UCUGGAAUUUUGUGAAAUACUUCAAAUGUCAAACUUGUCUUUCAGGUACUUCAAAACACCACAUCAGACUCCCAUAAAAUCAUCUCUCCAACUUCGAAAACAACAAGGAACGAGUUCAGCAAUUUGGAUAGAGGGACAAAUCCUGAACCCUCAAAACAUAAUUGUCGUCUCUUUAAAUGCUGUUGGAGCUGUUGAUGCUUAAGGUUUGUAAAAGUUUUUGUUUUCGACCAUGUUC